GCGACUCGUAGUUUUCAGUGUAUGGCAGUUAGGUUGCUGUGGAGCUUGUUAGACAGGUGUCAGUCGUCUGUCCGCGUAUAAUUGUACAAUUCAUUAGAUAUUCGAACCGUCGUUUUGCUUAUUUUGUGGUCAUGUUUUAGCCACGUUUGUGUCACACGCAAACGGUGUCUUCGUGUAAUUUAUUUCAGUGAGCAGGCUCGUGUACGCUAGCAAGCUAACCAACAACAACGUCGUAAAGAAAAACAACACGCAAGUGUCUGUUUAGGUAAAGUUGCACUUCUGACAGUUUGUGACACAAAACACCUUUCUACUACUAGAAUGAAUGUCGCUAAAAGUGGAUACCGCGCAUUUUCCGCAAACUCUUCUGCAGCAUGCACUGAAUUGGCUAAGAAGAUAACCGAACGACUGGGAGUUGAGCUUGGAAAAUCUGUGGUUUUUCAAGAAUCCAACAGAGAGACUAGAGUGGAUGUGAAAGAAUCUGUUCGUGGGCAGACUAUUUUCAUUAUCCAGACCAUACCAAGAGAUGUCAACACGGCCAUCAUGGAGCUUCUUAUCAUGGCUUAUGCCCUCAAGACCUCUUGUGCAAAGAACAUUAUUGGAGUCAUUCCUUACUUUCCCUACAGCAAACAGUGCAAGAUGAGAAAGAGAGGUUCCAUAGUGUGCAAAUUAUUAGCUUCAAUGUUGGCCAAAGCAGGAUUAACACACAUCAUCACCAUGGACUUGCAUCAGAAGGAGAUACAAGGCUUUUUCAGCUUUCCUGUUGACAACCUGCGUGCCUCCCCUUUCUUGAUUCAGUACAUCCAAGAAGAGAUUCCUGAUUACAGAAACGCCAUAAUAGUAGCAAAGUCACCUGCUGCAGCUAAAAGAGCUCAGUCUUACGCAGAACGGCUCCGUUUGGGUCUGGCUGUGAUUCAUGGUGAAGCUCAGUGUUCAGAGUCUGACAUGGCUGAUGGAAGACAUUCUCCACCAUGUGUGCGUAACACCACAGGACACACAGGACUGGAGCUACCUUCAGGCAAACAACAGGCUCCGUUCCCUGGCAUAGAGCUCCCAAUAAUGAUGGCCAAGGAGAAACCUCCAAUUACUGUAGUUGGAGAUGUGGGUGGGAGAAUCGCCAUCAUAGUAGAUGACAUUAUAGACGAUGUAGGAGACUUUGUUGCAGCUGCAGAGAUCCUGAAAGAGAGAGGGGCCUAUAAAAUCUAUAUUAUGGCCACGCAUGGUUUACUUUCUGCAGAUGCUCCACGUCUCAUAGAGGAAUCUGCCAUUGAUGAGGUAGUCGUCACGAACACUGUGCCCCAUGAAGUGCAGAAGCUGCAGUGUCCAAAAAUCAAGACCGUGGAUGUCAGCAUGAUACUGGCUGAGGCUAUCCGUCGCAUUCAUAAUGGAGAGUCUAUGGCCUACCUGUUCCGCAACAUCACUGUGGAUGACUAGAAAGUGUUAGUGACAGCUGAGCGGGGUGGCAGUGACUGAGAUGAUAUCCACUGCUGCUCCUUCUGCUCAUUGCUGUAAUAAAAUGCUGAUGACAUGUUCCAUGUACUGCUUAUGUCAGGAUUACAUGUACACAUGCAUCCUGAUUAACUUAAAGAAAAAGCUAGAAAUUAUUCAGACAUAACGAAUCCUCUUAAACAUUCACUGCAUUUAUGUUCAAUUGAAAGCUAAUCCUGACCCUUAUCAAACUGAGAAAAAAGUAACAGUAUUUCCAAUAAAAUCAGCUUCCACUUUAGAGGCGGGACACUUCUUGAAUAGGAUGUGGUGACUGUAAUGACAGUGAUGGUUAUGCUUGCAAGGUGUAGUCUGAAGCGGUUUUAUUAAAGUCCGUCUGCGGGAUGAGACUCGUUAAAGAGAGGAAGGAUAUUUAGAAACACCACCACAGAGUCCUGGCCAGCUAGCAGAGAGGGAAGCACAAGAUGAGAUGAGUCUCUUUUUGACCGAAGGGUUGGAUAUGGGACUCUUAGUAGUGCAGUAGCUAACUUCUAAUGGUACAUAUCGAUUUAUGUCAGUACGACACUAGAGCCUUUUCUUGUUGAAUCAAUCUGUGCCAAAUUUGACGGAGUAGAAUGGUCGCUGAGAUGCAGAGACUAAGGGUGACGCUUUUAAGUCCAACACAGGCCGACUGGUGUUUCUCAUACAUUAAUUUAUCUGUGGUACCACGCUACAUAUUAGUCUUACUGAAUGCCACAAAUCAAACCUUGAAAUUGAAAGUUAUCUUUUGAGAUUGGAAAAAAAAAAUCUAAAAUGAGCUGGCAAAUAUAGCUGCUUUCCCAUGUAAAGUCAGUAUUGGGGAAAAACUAAUAACUAAAAUAAAAUAAAAAAAAUAUUUUUGAACACUCAGAUCCAGCUAACUUGAACAAAAGAGGCAGUAUACUUAUUUCCUCAUUCACUCCAGCAGCUGAGACCCUUUAACUGAGCCUAAUCUGCAUAUCAGAUAAAUGCGCUCAGUAAUGGCAGAUGAUGUUUAAGCAGCCUUUUUCCCAGUACUCUUGCUAGCUCGCAUGGCCAGGGCUGCUCAGCCACUGUGCUUCACCUGCAUUUAACAGAGCACACUGCUUCUAACAACAAAGAGGAUGAACUCCAGGUUUAUGAAAGUGUUUUCAGAUUUUUUUUUUUUCCGCCAUUUGUGGUAGAUUGUUAAAAUGUAAGUUCCUCAGCAUUUGCAGAAGUCAGUAGGCCAUUAUAUUUCUAAGAUAUUUAUUGCAUGAAUAGCUUACCUUAAACUAUAUUAAGAUAUAUUUUCUUAAUAAGGCAUAUUUUCUUUGGUAAGAUCCAGUGCAUUGAGGCUUUUUUUUUUUUAUAAAUGAACAUUUACAGUAAAAUGAAAGAGCUGAUUAUUUUUGAUGUGUGUUUCCAAACUCCCUGCAGGAGUAAAUGUGACUUACACAGACUGAAUACGCUUUUUGGUGCCCCUCUAAUUAGACUAUAAAAAACAAACAAACAAAAAAAAAAAAACAGUUUUUCUGCGCUAAUUUAACCUUUUGCUCAGGGAAAUAUACUUUAUAAAGCCAAUGCACAUUUUUUUUGCUUGUUUGUUUUUGAGAGAGGGUUUAUACCUCCCGCACGUUAACAGAAACUUGGGUCUGAAUGUCUUCCAUGCAGCAGAUCUGUUUGAGUUUGCUCCUUAUAACCACUAAUUUACUUUAGCUAUAGAUGCUGGAUUUUUCUUAAUUCACAAAGGUAUUUGCGUUGACAAACAGGUGUCAUGUUGUCACAAAGCUAGAAUUGUCUGCCUCAAAUGCAAACUGCAUAUUCUGUCUGUCCUUGAUGUAUUUCGUGGCGUUUGUAUUUAUUGUUCCCCUGAUUUCCUUCCCUUCAGCUUUGUUUGACUCUGGUAUAUGUCAAUGUGUAUGAAAAUAUAACGGUUGCCUCUC